AUGGCAUCCUCAUUGAGAAACGUCGUGAUAGUCGGGGCCGGAGGCAACUUGGGGUCCCAUGUCCUCAAUGCGUUCCUGGCUACUCACGAUUUUAGCAUCACCGUGCUGUCCCGGGAAUCCUCAACGAGCGUGUUCCCGGAGAGCGUGCCUGUGAUUCGGUCCGACUACAGCCACGAAUCCCUGGUUUCCGCCUUCCAGGGCAAGGAUGCAGUCAUCAGCGUGGUUGGUCGGGGCGGUUACAGUUCCCAGCAGAAGCUGGUCGACGCGGCACUCGCAGCCGGGGUCAAGCGGUUCAUCCCCGCGGAGUUUGGGAACAACUCGGCCGAUGAACGAGUCCGGGCUCUGGCGCCCAUUCUCGAGAGCAAGAAAGCCAAGGUCGAUUACCUGAGAGCGAGAGAGCAUCAGAUGAGUUGGACGACGGUGAUCACCGGCGCCUUCUUUGAUUAUGCCCUCAAGAUCGGGUUCCUGGGCUUCAACCUGCAAACCCAUGAAGCCACCAUCUACGACGACGGCGUCACCCCGGCCUCCGUCAGCACCCUCCCGCAGAUCGGCCGCGCCCUGGUCGCCAUCCUCCGCCAUGCUGAGCUGACCAAGAACCAAUACGUCUACGUUGAGUCCUUCACAGUGACGCAGAACGAGGUCCUCGCGGCGCUCGAGCGGGCGACGGGGGAGAAGCAAUGGAAGGUCCAGCACGUGGACCUGAAGCCCUUGAUUGACGAGAGCACGGAGCGCUUCAAGCAGGGGGAUCUGGCCGGCGCGCGGAUCCUGAAUCUGGCAGCCGGAUUGGGGAGGUUCCACGAUGGGCCAUAUGGCGAUUGGAGCCGCGUGCCCGGGGGCUCCUGGAACGCCAGGUUGGGGCUGGAGGUGGAGGAUUUGGAUCAGGUGAUUCGGACGGUAACUCUGUGAUGGCGUGUGGUCUCGCGUGAGUUAUCAGAGAGGUAUGAGUCCUCGGUCGCUGAAGCUUCUUCUGGUGGGGUUGAGAGUGGGCUCGAUAGGCUUAGAGUGAUAAUCCCACUGAAGGUGGUUGUUUGGUGGUUGAAUGAACCGGCGAAGUAACGUACGAGUGCAAUUUGCCAAAGACAGAAUUGAGGAAUGUAAGGAAAAGACUAUAAGAUCAGGUAUGCAUUGAUAUGCAAAAUUGGAAAGUUCAG